AUGUAUCGUAUUAGUGACGCAAAUCAAUACCUGGUGAAGACCGGAGCAUACAUCAAUGAUGUUUCCUUGUCCAAGAAAGGAUUUAUUUGGCCAGGUCAACGAUCAACUUUUGUUGAUCUCACACCAGCGAAUUAUACAUUGCAAUUACAAGCAAUGAGUGCCGAAAAGUUAGAAUUCAAUUUACCGGCCGUAUUCACAAUCGGUCCAAAAGAUGAACCAAAAUCCUUAGAAAGAUAUGCGAAAUUAUUAGCAAAUGACAAAAAUAGUGAUGAUGUUAAAGAUUUAGUUAGAGGUAUCAUUGAAGGUGAAACUAGAGUUAUAGCAGCCGCCAUGACCAUGGAAGAAAUGUUUAGAGAAAGAAGAGAGUUCAAAGAAAAAGUGAUUAAGCAAGUUCAAGCUGAAUUGGAUCAAUUUGGUUUGUUAAUUUAUAAUGCAAAUGUUAAACAACUUCAAGAUACUCAAGGUUCUGAAUACUUUGCUUACAUGCGCAUGAAAACUCACGAAGGAGCCGUAAAUCAAGCAAAAGUUGACGUAGCUGAAGCUAAAUAUAAGGGUGACGUUGGUGAAAAGGAACGAGAAGGAUUGACCAGAAGAGAAACUUCAAAGAUCGAAGCAGAAACUAUUCUAAUUGAAAAUGAACGUAAAGCAUCUGUUGCGGAAGCAGAAAUGACUUUAGCCACAAAAAAAUCCGAAUUUGAAAAAUCAACAAAAAUAGCAGCAAUUGAAGCAAAACAAGCGGCAAAGAUACGAGAUUCUGAACUACAAAAACAAGUAGAAGAACGUAGAUUAUUAUCCGAGACAGAACGUCUACGUGUACAAUAUGUUGCCAAGGCUACGGCGGAAUUUGAAGCAGCCAAGGCGAAUGCCAAUGCUAAGCUUUAUGAAAAACAAAAAGAGGCCGAAGCAGAACUCUACAAACAACAGAAAGAUGCGGAAGGGAUAUUGGCGGUUUAUAAUGCUCAGGCUGAAGGUAUUAAAAAUUUGAUGCAAGCUUUUGGUGGGGAAAGAAAUGCCGCUCUUCAAUAUCUUAUGAUUGAACGUGGGGUAUACAAAGAGUUGGCAAAAGAAAAUGCUAAUGCCAUUCAAGGACUAAAUCCUAAAAUUACCGUUUGGAAUACCGGAGAACAAGGCGGACAAUCUUCCAUGAAUCCUGUAUCAAAUAUUUUCCAAUCUUUACCCCCUCUCUUAUCUACCGUUCAAGAACAAACUGGUAUUAUUCCACCAAAAUGGUUGGCAAAUAUGCCAAAUGAGUCUGAUUCUUAA